GGAUGUAAAACCAUGACGUCACGUUGAAGUAUUAAUAGUUGGCCUCGUUGGCGAACUCGUCAACAGUCGUUUUCAACAGCGUAUCGCGAAGGAUCCGCGGCUGACGCAACCAUUUCUUAGCACACGUUCAACUUAAAGAAAAUACGCUAUGGCCCGUACCAAGCAGACCGCCCGUAAGUCCACUGGAGGAAAAGCGCCAAGGAAGCAGCUGGCUACCAAGGCUGCAAGGAAGAGCGCCCCCUCCACGGGAGGCGUGAAGAAGCCACAUCGUUACAGGCCUGGCACCGUGGCUUUGAGGGAGAUCCGCCGCUACCAGAAGUCCACAGAGCUGCUCAUUCGCAAGCUGCCUUUCCAGCGUCUGGUGAGGGAGAUCGCCCAGGAUUUCAAGACCGAUCUCCGUUUCCAGAGUGCUGCCAUUGGAGCUCUUCAGGAGGCAAGUGAGGCUUACCUGGUGGGUCUCUUUGAGGAUACCAACCUGUGCGCCAUCCACGCUAAACGUGUCACCAUCAUGCCAAAGGACAUCCAGCUGGCUCGCAGGAUACGGGGAGAAAGGGCUUAAAGGGGCGCUAGCCACAUUGUCAUGAUGAAUUACCCUAUGUAUCAUACUUAUCCAUUAUGUGGACAUUUUUAUUUCUUGGUUUUUUUUUAUAUAAGUUCUCUUUGAAUUUUUUGUAUUUUUAGUGAUGCAACAUACCAACCAUUCCACAAACCCAAGUGCACCGUAGACAUGAUUACUUUAUUUUAUUUUUUUUUUUUUUUGGGUCAGGCUAAAUGUAAUGACAGAAUUUAAUAUUGGUUGGGCUCUUCUCUAAAACUUGAUGAAUCAAUUAUUCACGCCAAACUGGGUGCAGUGAUUCUUUACCCAUUUACUAUUGAUCAUAAAAUGCCAGCAUGCCAUCCUGGGUGCACCUCACUGCAGGGUCAGCUUAUUGGCCGUCUCAGUCGAUCCUCUGUACUGUGGAGUACUGCAGACCCUUGGGAUAUUCUUUUUCUUUUUUUUUUCUUUUUUUUUCUGGGCCGCUUUUUAUGCGUUUUAUCAAACACAAUCUUGGCAGCUACAUUUAAUACUAUUUAUGAGACGUUGUCACAUGUCUUUCUAUUAAAGGUCUUUAUGAAUACAAA